AUGGCGAUUCUCCUCCUCUUGAUCGUUGUCGGCGAUAUCUCCGUCAGUGAUGGAUCCUCCUCUUGGAUUUGCAAUGCGACGGAGGAAGAGGUGGCGGAGCGAGCGGCGCAAUGGGACCAGCCAGUAUCGGAAUAUCUCCACCUCGCCGAGCUGUACUUAGGGUUUCAACAGCCUAAUUCCGUUUAA